GACGACGAAGCAUGACUGUCUGGGAGAGACUGCGUAAUCCGUGCGGUUGGCGCGCGGGCGCCAAGCAGAUCUCCGUGGACGCAAUGCUGCCGUUGGUGGUAGUGCCGAUCCUGACGAUGAUCGCCGCCCAGGCUUUCCUCUGCACAGUCGCCGUAUUCGUGGUUACGCCGGUCUUCAUCUAUUACCUUCAUCACAACUUCCUCAGGUUUCUACUGCGUACCAAGUUCUUCCUCAUGUGGACUAUCACGAGCGUGCUGAUGAUGAUGCUGGUGUUCGAGAUUAGUGUCGUGCCGCUGUUGGAGAUCCUGCCCGAGGAGAAUCUCGUGUUUAUGGUGUGCGUGGUCGGUGGCAUGUGGUGUGGCUACAAGACCAAGCUGAACGCGGAUGCCUCGAUACAGGAGAACGCUGGUGCUGUCGACGUCCUGGAACUGGGCGACGGCAGUGGUGAACUCUGCGCCACAUGUAGGAGAAGGACCCCACCCAAGGCUCAUCACUGCCGCUUGUGCCAGACUUGUAUACUCAACAGAGAAUAUCAUUGCAAAUGGCUCGAUUGCUGUGUAGGUUCCAGUAAUUUAAGGUGGUACAUGAGCUGUUUAUUCUUCUCCGCAAUCGCUUUUAUAUAUGGCUCUAACUUGACUAUGACUAGCGUCUGUCAUCCUUUCAUACUCAUUGGAACUAUACUCCUACCCGAUGACUGCAGUGAUGUGUAUCAUCAAUUAGACAUCGCAUUUUGCUUCGUCUCUGCUUUGUACAGCCUCUUUGUGGGACUAGUGCUCUUUUGUUAUCUUAUAUAUCAUCUACGGUUGCUCUACAUCGGCACGACAUCGAACGAGCGACGAUUGGACAUGAAAAAUCAGUCCGACUAUAGAAUAUUAAAUGUAUCUCAGCUGUUCUGCUGCAAAACUUAGGAUUGUUAUCUAUAGAAAUGUGCGAGUAGUUCGAAUUUGAAUCGAAUCGCCUAUCGAAUUUGAAAAGAAUUCGCCUAUUUUACUUGCUUCAUUUUAAUUUGAUUCAAAUUCGAUUAGUUUUCA